AUGGCUCCCUUCAAAAUGGCCGGUCUUAUCGGCAAGGGUGGCAACAAGCACUACCCUACGGCCAUUAGCACCGAGGAGGACGACCAAGACCUGGAAACGGGCAACUUCCUCCAGGAACGCCAAAGGAACAACCGGGUUGAGGGUGCUCAGGGUGAAAGUGGUUCUAACGAAGAAUACAAGUCUCUCGUCCGCUACAUCGACACAUACCGUGAUCCCAAUGCGGAAGUUGAGGAGAUUGAGGAUUCUGGCGCCUCAGCAAGCCACCCGUCAUGGAUGUUCUGGAAGAAGAAGGCCGACGGUACCAGCGGCCAGAGCGCCUUCGUCACGCCUGCCGACUGGCUCAACACCGACAUGAAGACGGGUCUUGACCCAAUGGAAGUCGAGCGUCGCAGGAAAUACACUGGCUGGAACGAGCUCUCCACCGAGAAGGAGAACAUGUUCCUCAAGUUUGUUGGUUUCUUCCGUGGUCCCAUUCUCUACGUCAUGGAGGUUGCUGCCAUCCUCGCCUUUGCUCUGCAAGAUUGGCUCGACGCCGGUUUGAUUGUGGCAAUUCUGUUGCUCAACGCCGCUGUCGGUUGGUACCAGGAGAAGCAGGCUGCCGACGUCGUCGCCAGCUUGAAGGGUGACAUUGCCAUGAAGGCGCUUGUCAUUCGCCAGGGAAGAGAAGAGGAGAUCCGCGCCCGUGAGCUCGUGCCCGGUGACAUUAUCAUUGUUGAGGAAGGCCACGUCGUCCCCGCCGAUGCCCGUCUGAUUUGCGACUAUGAGAACCCCGCCGGAUACUCCGCCUACAAGGCCGAACUCGAGGCCCAGGAUGUCAUGUCUCCCAACCGUGAGAAGUUCGACGAGGACGGCGAGGAGGGAACUCCCCAGCUCGGCCACGCCAUCAUCGCCGUCGACCAGUCUGCCAUGACUGGUGAGUCUCUCGCCGUCGACAAGUUCAUGACCGACACCGUCUACUACACCACCGGUUGCAAGCGCGGCAAGGCCUACUGUAUCGUCACCCACGGCGCCCAGGCUUCCUUCGUCGGAAAGACCGCCUCUCUCGUUCAGGGUGCCCAGGACCAGGGCCACUUCAAGGCUGUCAUGGACUCUAUCGGUACUACGCUCCUCGUUCUCGUCGUCAUCUUCAUCCUCGCUUCCUGGGUUGGUGGUUUCUACCGCAACAUCGAGGUCUCCGAGGAGGGCUCUUCCGUCAACCUGCUCCACUACGCUCUCAUUCUCCUCAUCAUCGGUGUCCCCAUCGGUCUGCCCUGCGUUACCACCACUACUCUCGCCGUCGGUGCCGCCUACCUCGCCGAGGAGAAGGCUAUCGUCCAGAAGCUCACCGCCAUCGAGUCUCUCGCUGGUGUCGACAUUCUCUGCUCUGACAAGACCGGUACCCUCACUGCCAACCAGCUUUCCGUCCGCGAGCCUUUCGUCAUGGAGGGUGUUGACAUCAACUGGAUGAUGGCCGUCGCCGCUCUCGCUUCUUCCCACAACAUCAAGGCCCUCGACCCCAUCGACAAGAUCACCGUCCUCACCCUCAAGCGCUACCCGAAGGCCAAGGAGCUCAUCGCCGACGGCUGGAAGACCGAGAAGUUCACUCCCUUCGACCCCGUCUCCAAGCGCAUCACCACCAUCGCCACCCACCGUGGAGUCCGCUACACCUGCGCCAAGGGUGCCCCCAAGGCCGUCCUCGCUCUCACCGACUGCACCGAGGAGCAAUCCGCUCUCUUCAAGGAGAAGGCCGCUGAGUUCGCCCGCCGUGGUUUCCGUUCCCUCGCCGUCGCCGUCAAGGAGGAGGAUGGCCCCUGGGAGAUGCUCGGCAUGCUGUCCCUCUUCGACCCCCCUCGUUCCGACACCGGCCAGACCAUCCUCGAGGCCCAGGCUCUCGGUCUUCAGGUUAAGAUGCUUACUGGUGACGCCCACGCUAUCGCUGUCGAAACCUGCCGCAUGCUCCAGCUCGGUACCAAGGUCUACAACUCCGACAAGCUCCUCCACUCCGACAUGGCCGGCACUUCCAUCCACGAUCUUUGCGAGCGCGCCGAUGGUUUCGCUGAGGUUUUCCCCGAGCACAAGUACCAGGUCGUCGAGAUGCUUCAGCAGCGUGGUCACUUGACUGCCAUGACUGGUGACGGUGUUAACGAUGCCCCCUCCCUGAAGAAGUCCGACUGCGGUAUUGCUGUUGAGGGUGCCACCGAGGCUGCCCAGGCUGCUGCUGAUAUCGUCUUCCUCGCCCCCGGUCUCUCCACCAUUGUUUCCGCCAUCAAGCUCUCUCGCCAGAUUUUCCAGCGCAUGAAGGCCUACAUUCAGUACCGUAUCGCUCUUUGCUUGCAUCUUGAGAUCUACCUCGUCUCCUCCAUGAUCAUCAUCAACGAGACUGUUCGCGCCGACCUCAUUGUCUUCCUCGCCCUCUUCGCCGAUUUGGCCACCAUCGCCGUUGCUUACGACAAUGCCCACUUCGAGAAGCGUCCCGUCGAGUGGCAGCUGCCCAAGAUCUGGAUCAUUUCCAUCGUCCUCGGUGCCCUCCUUGCCGGCGGUACCUGGGUCCUCCGCGGCACCAUGUACCUCACCGACGGCGGUGUCAUCCACGAGUACGGCUCCAUCCAGGAGAUCCUCUUCCUCGAGAUCACCCUGACCCAGAACUGGCUCAUCUUCGUCACCCGCGGCUUCGAGACCUUCCCCUCGUUCCAGCUCAUCGGUGCCAUUGCCGCCGUCGACGUCCUCGCCAUCCUCUUCUGCGUCUUCGGCUGGUUCUCCGGCGGCCGCGGCGAGCCCGCCUCCCCGCCGUCCCUCAACCGCUUCCUGUCCGACAACGGCCGCACCGACUUCGUCACCGUCUGCGUCGUCUUCGUCUACUCCGUCGCCGUCACCAUCGUCAUGGCCCUGGUCUACUACAUCAUGACCAACAUGCAGAGCCUCAACGACAUGGGCCGCAAGAAGCGCAGCGUCACCGACACCAUGAUCGAGAACGUCCUCACUCAGCUGAGCAAGGUCGCCCUCGAGCACGAGAAGGACGACAAGGGCGAGAGGUUCUACAUUGCCAACCGCACCGUUGUCGAGGAGGGUUAA